CCCCGUGACGCCGGUUGCCAUAGCGGCCGCGGCGCCGGCCAUGGCGGCCGAGGAGGAGGACGACGUGGAGUGGGUGGUGGACACCAUCGCCGGCUUCCUGCGGGGGCCCGCCUGGUCCAUCCCCAUCCUGGAGUUCAUGGAGCACAACUGCGAGGUUUUUGAUGAUGAAGAAGAAAGCAAGUUGUCUUACACAGAAAUUUAUCAGGAGUACCAAGCUCUGGUGGAGAGAUUACUAGAGGACUACCUUAAAGAAGUUGGAAUUAAUGAGGAGAAAUUUCAAGAAGCUUUUUCUUCUCCUCUUGCAAAGACUCACACCUCACAGGCCAUUCUGCAAACAGUGUUGGCAGCAGAAGAUUUUAGACUGUUUAAAAAAAUGAUGGUACAGAAAAAUAUUGAAAUGCAACUGCAAGCAAUUCGAAUCAUCAAAGAAAGAAAUGGCGUGUUGCCUGAGUGUUUAACAGAGGGUUCUGAUGUAUUCAGUGAAAUUGAACAGGAAGAAAUGAAAAUACUCAGGGAGGUUCUAAGAAAAUCUAAGGAAGAAUAUGAAAUAGAGCAAGAGAGAAAGAGGACUGAAGAAGCACAUGCUAAACUCAAAGCUCCAGAUGUUACCCACAAUUUUCCAGGAGAUCCGAGAGAAGCUGUAAAAGUUAAGGAAUCCACUGAGGGAGCUGAGGAUUCUGAAGAAACUCCAAAAUGCCCAUUAGAGGGAUCUCAUAAAUCUACAAAAGAAGACCCAAAACCAGUUUGCCCAGUACAAAAAGGAACUGAUAACUUACCUCAGCCCUCUUGUACCAAGGGGAAAGAAGACACUAAGAAAAGGUCUGCUGGGAAAGGUUCAGAGAACACAGUGCAAAAAGCUGGGGUGAAAGGACCUAAUUUAUCAGAAACUGAAAAGCAGCAGCUGAAGCAACGUGAGGAUUACCUAAAGAAAAAACGAGACCUGCUGCUGGCUACGAAGAAAGAGUCAAAAAAUAAUCUACCACCACCACCAAACACUGACCAGAAAGAGGAGGAAUCACCUCCCAAAGAGGAAAUGUCAGAAGAGAAGCAAAGGCUGCUCCAGAAGAGGAAGAUGCUUGCAGAAAAGCUAAAAGAAGAAGUAAUUAAUAAGCGGUAGUUUUAAGAGGCUCAUUGCUGACCCCAAGAACAGAAGGAUGUUUUAGAAUAAAGUGUCAGUAAGUGAAGGGAUUUCCAAUCUUACAGUGGGAUUUAUAGAACUUUCAGACAAGCAGCUCAGUACCUGGUCACUCCCUAUUCAAAUGACACUGAAACACACCAUGAACACUCCUUUUCCAGAGUGCUGGAAACUCCCCCACUUUGUCCCGCAGCGAGGCCGUGCCAUCCCUGCAGAGCACAGCCCUGCUCCAGCCCUGAGCCCGCAGAGCAGAGGCAGAGAUGGAGAGCUGGGAAAGGAAUUCCUGUGGCAACAGCUCUGGGCUCAACGUUUUAACUUCCCCAUUUUAACAGUGCAGAACUUGGUUCCUUUCCUUAGCCCCUUAUAAACAAAUGGCUUUUCCAGCAGCGCAGUGUAAUAAAGUCUGACUUCACAAGGAAGUGCACCCUUGACCACCUCGUUUUUGAGAAGCCAAUGGACCUCGGGAGCCAAGACAUCCACAAAUUAACUCCAGGUUACAGCAUUUUACAGGCUUUUGGGGCAGUUUCCCAGUUCCCAGGUCCCAGUUUGCAGUAAAUGCAACUUUUAAGUAAAAGGAGUUGCUUGAGUUUGAAAGCUGAGGCUGUUGCCAGCAAUUCACUGCCAGAGUAGCAGAAAUCUUUUAAAGUCCUUUACUCGUUUGGCAGGAGUGGUCACCCUUUGCCCAUGGCAUGCCACAGCAACUCACAACAAAAGAGACAAACCCACCCCUUCAAGUUUCAUGGAAUUUUUAUUAAAACAACAACUAUAAACAAUACAUGUUACUACACUUACAGAGUCAUUUAAUUCCUGAGUUUUACAGCUCAGCAUUAAUAGAUUAAAACAUCUUUACAGUGUAAAACAAGUGCAGGGAGAACUAGAAUACUGCUGUCCUCUGGGAAAGAGAAAAGCAAGGAGCAGCCCUGCAGAGUGGCAGCCACUGGCAGGCUCGGAGCACAGAAACCGGGGCCUACCUGUUCAGCUUCUGGCUUUGUCGGUCCUUUUCUUGCUCAUAUUUUGUCUUCAGUCCCUUGAACGUCUGAACAUAUUCAAUAGAUUCAAGUGCAUUAUAGAAGUUUUCAACUAUGUGUGCAAUAAGGGACUUAAUAUCUUCCUGCAGAAGAACAAAGCAGCGUUUCAGCCUCAAAUGGGCACAGGCAGAAGUUCAGAAAGCUUUUGAGUUCACUUUGGAAAGUAACUGAUUCCUCAUUCAGAGGCAAAACACUGUUGUAAAGAACAAAUGUGAAGCAACCAGAUUUAUCCUUAAUAAAAGAGAUGAGAUCGAGAAAUAUUUAUAAGGCUUCCCACAGAAACAGACAAUGGACUCAGCAGUGUCCCAGUGCUGUUUGUGACUUCUUUAACCAGGAUGUUGCAAUCUUGGAGAGCUGCAUUUUGCCUUUGGACCUGAGAUGCCGCGGAUGUGUCAGAGCUGGAGCUCAACUCACCACUGAUGAAUUCACACAGCUGAGUUGAGCAGGUUGUACCAGGUGCCGUUAUCCAACAGAACACUGAUAACUGGUUCAAAGAGGUUUUCCUCUUUGGGAUGGUGUAAUGGUAAUAAAAUUCAUCUUCCAGGCCAAUUAUCCUCAUAAAGUGAAGAGCCAUGUGUAUGAAGAAUAAACUCAAGAACUGGAGCACGGGCUCCAAUCUGCUUCUCAUGGAAAGAACUGAAACACCUGCUGUUACCCAGAGGAAGAUGCACCCCCAAACCCAGAGCAUUAAAAUCUCAUUCACACUCAUUAACACAAAUUCCAAGUUCAAGUGUACACUGGAACACCUUCCACACAGUGCACACCAAGCCUGGAAGAAGGAAAUCACAACAGCUCCAUACUCACACAAGGCCAGAAAGGUGUGUUUUGAAUUCAUCAAGACCAGUACUCUGCUUAGCCUCUUCUCAACCCCAGGACUCUUCAAUAGCACUUUUCCACAGGCACAUUCCCAGCGGGCAUCACAGGCUGAUCCCCAGGACCAGCACUGCCAAAUCACUGCCCAACACCACAGGCCUGAAAGGGAAAAGAAGUAAAAAUCAUCCUUACCUUUUUCACAUGUGUUUUCUGAAGCACUGGCCAGAAGUGGUACCGUGAGAACAGGAACACAGGAAAUGUAAAAGAAAUCCAGGAAUGUAAAUAUUUGUGACUCCUAAGAGGAAAAAUCACUUCAUUCAACACUGGCACACACAUACAUGUUGUAAAUAACAGGAGAAGUAACAGAAGAAACAGCCUACCAAGAAUGUAGACUUUGUAUUUUCUUACAUCAGCUGUGGCCAGCAGAUUCCCUGGAUUGAGCACAGUACAUCCAUUAACUGAUCAGGUCCUCCAAAUUCAGGAUCAGGAUAGCAGCAUCAGCUCAGUGAUGAGAAGCAUCCUGCAAAAAAACCCCAAAACUACUCAAAACACAAACCAAUUAGCUACAAAGAGUAUGAAUUCCCUACGUUUAUAUAUUUUUUAAAAAACAAACGUUAAAAUGAAAUAGAAAAGAGAAAUUUUAUUUGGCUGGUUUGUUUCCUGGCUGCCCUAAGACUGGUACAUUCAACAAACUCCAAACCACUUUUACUCCCACGAUCACUCUGCUGGACCUUUUGCAUCACAGAUUCUUGGACCAUGAACGGACAAAGGUCGUCUAGAUUUGACAAUAUAGCUGUGGCUGGCAGCAGAUCUAACCUGCAGAUGAUCCAUUCCCUAAUAAAUAAGAGAUUCCUUUUUCAGAAUAAGUCAAGUUUGGUGUUUAUUAUCAAGUAAAGCUGCAAAGAAAUGGAGUUAAAAGUUUGGGGAACAUUUAAUUACAAAGUUUCUAUGAGAACCACAGUAAUAAUGUUACAGAAAAACAACAGAACAGCAACAUCUUUUCCCCACUCUUUCCCUCCUUUGGAAAGGACACAAGACUUUCUGUGGAUUUAACAGCCCUAAUUCAGGCAGGAAACAUUCAUCUCGUGCUACUUGCCAGAAUAUCUGAGACACUGAUCUUCUGUACCUGUUAUCCACAAUUUACUCAUUUUGUACCAAACGACCAAGUGGACACAUGACCUUGUACACAACUUUCUGUGCUCAUUUGCAUGCAACAGGAAUGAGUAACUUCGUUAUGGAUGUGAUUUUCUCUGAGAAAAGAACAACUUCUCAGCCUGACAGAGUAACACAACAGGACACGUUUGGACUGGGCUAGUCCUGGAACAGAAUAAUAGGAUUAAGGCUGAUCUAAUCACUGAACAUCUACAGGACCUUGAUGUUUUCCUUGCAGUCAGUGUCCCUUGGUCAGUCCACAGGUUUUUACUGCAGCACAGAAAUUCCCUGGAAUUUCAUGUUUCUGAGGAACAACAGCACUCAAACAGGGAGUGCAAUGGUCGGGCAGCAACAGCUGCUUCAACCACAGGAGUGAAAGACAUUCCAUUUUCCCACUGCUGAUUAGGACAGAUUAAUCUGCUAAUGACAGGAUUACGGGAUCUUUUGGGAGGAACCAGCCAACAGUUCAAGAUUAUCUAAAAAUACUUCUCUGGCCCUGGGCCAGCAACAACCACAACAACAAUCCAGCUGCCAGUUUUUACACCCCUUGUCCCAAGGACUGUGCUGCCCACAGGCUCACACAGAGGGAGUAAAAAUGCCCAGAGCACCGCAGAGCCAGGGGCAGCCUCUGCAUUGGGAAUGCUCCAAUCAACUCCCACUCCCAGCACAGCAAAACUGACCCAGAGGGCUCAGCAGAGCCAAAACUGCUUCAAUGGCUGUGGCUCUUCUACUUGGGUUAAAAUCAGCUUUAAGUUUCACUCACCAUUACAAUUUCAAGGGCUGGAAGAAUUCCCAGCUUUGCCAACGUUUUGAAAACUUCAUCCCUGUUCUGAGGUAACAGGAGGGAAAAGGCACAGAAUUCCUUGAAAACCUUUUGCAUAGGAAAAAGUAAUUACAGGUGUAUUUGGGUCAGAAAACUCUGUGAAAGGAUGAAACAGCUACAUUCUGUGGCAGAGUUUGUGUGCUGGCUGCUAUGGACCUUCCUAGAAAACGGUAUUAUUCCUUCCUGACUGGUUAUUAGGAUUGGUUCCUUCCAGCAACAGGACUUCAGAACUGCCUGAGCAGAUGUUAAACCCUAGUGCAUGCAAAGAUUACCAACACAUCUCAGUUGCCCAGUUUGUCCCUAGGGAGCUGCUGGAAAUCAGAGCUCUCUGGUUCUUUACUUCGCAGCUUUACACUGGGCCGUGUCACAGUCUGGGAAGGUUGUGAUGAUUCCCACGGGAAAGUGCUGCUUCUUUUAAGGACACACAGGUGCAGCUCCACUGCCUUGCUGCUCCCAGCUUUGCAAGUGUAAAAUCUAAACUGCUUCAUAAUAAAACAACAAAGAUGAAAAUAGCCCUAAAACAUGAGAGUCACUGAGAUCUGCUCUGACAGUUGGGGGCUCACACAGCGCUGCCACCUCUUUGUCUCUCCCUGACACCUCCAGCUCCUUUUGCCUUCAGCACAUUUGCUUUUCCACUGCACUCCAACAAGCCACUUCCUGAGGCCAGCUGAGAGAAGGACAAUUAAAACAUUGAGCUCCAGCAGUCCCUUUUUAAUAAACACAAUCACACAAACUGCCCCAGAACACCAACCACCUGAGUCCCACCAUUAAAGUGAUUUUUCAAAAGCCUGACAUUUAAUCAUGAAAACAACAACUGGUGCUCUAAGCAGGGGCAGUUUAAGAUCUUGCAUAGAAAAGCCACAGAAAACAACAAAUACUCGCUUACUUUACAAGCAGGCUUAAAAAGGAUGCACAAAUAUAUCAAGUCACAGAAGACAUUAAAAUACCUGGAAUAAAAAUGGGAUGUUUCAUGUUACCUGUACCUGGCAGAUUUUUUCCCCAGUUUCAUCACAGCCAGCUUUUUCUUGAAAGCUCAGUGCUAAAUCAUAGUUCUCUGCUUCUGACCAAACAAUCAGUGUGUCCUGUUUGAGAUAAAACCAAGAAAAGAAUUGUUUCUGAAACAGGUCUGCACUGCAUAUUAAUCUCUAUUCCCUUACCAUAUAUGCCUGUAGAAGACAUGUAUUAAAUCACUUGUUCUGUCGUAAGGGACAUCACCUUUCUUUGGAACUAUUUUAUGAGCACUGCCUUACACAGCAUAUAUUUAAAUAUACUUCUUUUUCCCCAUACCUGAACCACUUACACAGGCAAGAACAGAAAGAUGCUUUAGAAUAAAUCAUCAGUAAGUGAAGGGAUUUCCAAUCUUACAGUGGGAUUUAUAGAACUUUCAGACAAGCAGCUCAGUACCUGGUCACUCCCUAUUCAAAUGACACUGAAACACACCAUGAACACUCCUUUUCCAGAGUGCUGGAAACUCCCCGACUUUGUCCCGCAGCGAGGCCGUGCCAUCCCUGCAGAGCACAGCCCUGCUCCAGCCCUGAGCCCGCAGAGCAGAGGCAGAGAUGGAGAGCUGGGAAAGGAAUUCCUGUGGCAACAGCUCUGGGCUCAACGUUUUAACUUCCUCAUUUUAACAGUGCAGAACUUGGUUCCUUUCCUUAGCCCCUUAUAAACAAAUGGCUUUUCCAGCAGCGCAGUGUAAUAAAGUCUGACUUCACAAGGAA